GAAGCCGCUGGGAUCUGUUGUUCUUCGGCUCUGUGGUGACGUCACCGCUUGUCUGAAUCCCUGCGAGACAGCUGCAGCAGCAGAAGGAGCAGCUCCAAAGAGACAGCUGAAUGUAACCCUGGCACCGAGAGGGACAGAGCUGGGAACCUUCAGCACCUGCACCGAAAGAAAAGAGGCUGCUGCACCUGCUGAGAGGGAUACUAUAUAGGGAGACCGCAGCACUUGCACAUAGAGACAGUAAGGGGAGUGGGGGCAUUACUAGGGACACUGUUGUACUAAACCAAAUUCCACCUUAUUUGCUUCCUAUAUAUAUUUAUUAUAGCAAGAAACUUGGAUUUUUCAUUAAUUCUGCAAAAAGGUUGCAGAUUCAGCUUUUACCAACAGAGAUUGCUACAAGGUUCCAGUUCCCUGGGGACCUACUGAAAUAGACAUGUAAAUAGAAGAACCAUUGUCAUCUGCCUACAAAACAAAAAAAGACAAAGAGAUCAGAGCAUCUGCUUGGGGACUGCAGUAUUUACUCUGCCACGUCCAGGAUCCGCAGAGAGAGAGAGAUCCUAUGUGAGAGCCUGUAGAACAGCACCAAUGGAAUUAAAUCUUCUAUACAAUAUUACUGACUAAUAGUCUCCACGGAAGGAGAAACGUGUACAGUGUGCCCAAAGGCGGCAGGAGAAACACUGGAAAGGAUCCAAAUGGGAGGGACUGCACUAAAGGAAACCUCAAAUCCAUGAUCUCAUAACCUCGGUUUGGCCAGACCGGGCACCACUAUUCAGUUGAAGCAGCUGCCCCAGUUCCUGGGUCCCCACUUGCAAGAUGGCCGUGUUUAGACAGCUGGGGCUUCUUCUGUGGAAGAAUUACAUCCUGCAGAAGCGACAAGUCCUCGUGACCGUGAUUGAGCUAGCCCUGCCCCUCCUGUUUUCAGCCAUCUUAAUUGCACUUCGGCACAGAGUCCCUUCUGUUACAUACCCCAAUGCCACCCUGUAUAGAGAAAUGCCUUUCCCAAACCUACCAUUUAUCCCAGGUCCAAGGCCAUGGGAGCUGGCGUAUGUGCCUUCUCAUAGUAAAGCUGCCCACAGCAUUAUCCUGGAUGUAGGGAACCACCUUUUUCCCUAUUACUUUGCCAACCAGUCGGCCCGAGGAUUUCCCACAGAAGAGGAUUUUGAAGACUACAUCAGGCAUAACAACCAUUCAAGUAAAAUCCUGGCAGCCGUGGUCUUUGAACACAAUUUUAACCACAGUGGGGACCCCUUACCACUGCAGGUCCGUUACAGGCUGCGGUUCAAGUACAGCCCACGAAAUGCCCCAAUGAGUGAGCAGACAGGGCUAAAUCCCAAUGUGGACAGGAACUGGCACACCCGAUAUCUGUAUCCGCUUUUCCAGAUGCCUGGGCCUCGUGAGGCAGGAGACAAGACUGGAGGCACACCAGGAUACCAGCGGGAGGGCUUCUUGGCCAUGCAGCAUGAAGUUGACCGUGCCAUCAUGCGGUACCAUGCCAAUGAGAGUGGCCGUUUACUAUUGGACAACAUAGAUGUGGCCAUACGGCGCUUCCCUUAUCCACCCUAUGUCAAUGACCUCUUCAUCCUGGCUAUCCAGAACCAGCUUCCUUUGCUCCUAAUGCUCAGCUUCACCUACACAUCAUUAAGCAUUGUGCGGGCACUGGUCCUGGAGAAGGAGAGAAAGCUAAAGGAGUACAUGCGGGUCAUGGGGCUCAGUUCCUGGCUUCACUCCACUGCCUGGUUCAUCCAUUUCUUCCUGCUCCUCUUGGUGUCUGUCUUCUUUGUCACUUUGCUGCUGUGUAUCCAGGUCAGCAGUGAAGGUGCGGUCCUUACCCGCAGUGAUCCCUCGUUGGUGUUUGUCUAUAUUUUGGUGUUCUCAGUCUCCACCAUCAGCUUUAGCUUCAUGAUCAGCAGUUUCUUCUCUAGAGCGAAUAUGGCAGCCGCGGCAGGGGGCUUUCUGUAUUUCCUCUCCUACAUUCCCUACUUUUUCAUCUCUCCGUGGUAUGAUGAGUUGAAUCAUGGCGCAAAAGUUUCUUCGUGUCUUUUCUCUAAUGUGGGCAUGGCAAUGGGGGCUCAACUCAUCGGGAUGUUUGAAGGCAAAGGUACAGGAGCCCAGUGGUCAAAUCUCUUUACGCCAGUCAGUGUGGAUGAUAAUUUUACAUUGGGUCAGGUCUUGCAGAUGCUGAUGUUGGAUUGUGUUCUCUAUUUUCUGGUUGGGUGGUACGUUGAGUCUGUCAUGCCUGGAGAUUAUGGAGUACCCCAGCCAUGGUAUUUCUGCUUCUUGCCUUCCUACUGGUGUGGGACGCCGCGGCUAGUGGAGGGUUUGGAAAAGGAAGAUGAUGAGGAUCCGGAAAAGGCGCUGAAAGGAGAAUAUCUAGAGGAAGAGCCAUCAGAUCUGGUACCAGGAAUACGCAUUAAGCACUUAACUAAGGUGUACCAUGCGAGUGGAAAGAAACGCAUUGCUGUGCGAGAUCUCACGCUUAACAUGUACGAGGGGCAAGUCACAGUGUUAUUGGGACACAAUGGCGCAGGAAAGAGCACCACGCUUUCCAUGUUGACAGGACUCUCUCCCCCAUCAUCUGGUGAAUGCUAUAUUGGAGGUUAUGAGAUCACUCGAGACACAGCUCUGAUCCGUCGCAGCCUGGGACUGUGCCCCCAGCAUGAUGUCCUGUUCCAAGGUCUUACUGUUGAGGAGCACCUCUAUUUUUAUGCAGGGUUAAAGGGAUGUCCACGCUGGUGCUGUCCAGAAGAAGUGGAGAAGAUUCUCCAAAUCCUGCGACUGGAGGAAAAGCGCAAUGCUCUCAGUACACAGCUCUCAGGGGGGACAUGCCGUAAACUGUCCAUUGGAAUUGCUCUGAUCGGAGGAUCCAAGGUUGUGAUGUUGGACGAACCCACCUCAGGAAUGGACCCGGCUUCCCGCAGGGACACGUGGGAACUAUUGCGGCAGCACAAACAUGACCGUACCCUGCUGCUUACUACUCACUUCAUGGAUGAGGCAGACAUUCUGGGAGACAGGAUUGCCAUAUUGGCUCAGGGCCAGCUCCAGUGCUGUGGGUCCCCACUCUUCCUGAAAUGCAAAUACGGUGCUGGGUACCACAUGGUUAUGGUGAAGGAGCCACACUGCCAGGUGGAAGACAUCACUCAUCUUAUCACCAGCUAUGUGCCCAAUGCCACCCUGGAGAGCAAUGCAGGAGCUGAGCUGUCAUACAUUCUUCCCAAGGAGAGCACCCAUAGGUUUGAACCUCUCUUCUCAGAGCUGGAACUCCGUCGUGAAGAACUGGGAAUAGCCAGCUAUGGGGCCUCUGUUACCACGAUGGAAGAAGUAUUCCUGCGUGUUGGGAAGCUUGUAGACACCAGCCUGGACAUACAGGCUAUCCAGCUGCCUCCUCUUCAGUACCAGCAUGAGAGACGCGCAAACGACUGGGGAACUGAGGAGUCCUGUUCUAUGAGUGACUGCACAGAGGACAGCGGGACCCUCAUCACUGAGGAUUGCUCUAACAUCAAGCUUAAUGGGAAGUGUACCCUGUGGUGCCAGCAGUUUUACGCCCUGUUUGUGAAGAGAGCUGCUUACAGCUGGCGAAACUGGAAGAUGGUGGUGGGUCAGUUUCUGGUUCCUCUGGUCUUCACCACUUUAGCAUUAGUAGUGGGCAAGACUUUCCCUGGUCCCCAGGACUCACCACCAUUGGAUCUAAGUCUGGUGCCCUAUGGGUACACAGUGGUGCCGUAUUCUCUUCCCCCUAAUGCCUCCACCUUGCUUCAGAGCCUGGCUGAUAAUUUCAGGGAUCAGUUUUCUGGACAGCAGAUGGAGCCGCAAGAGGUGCUAGAUGAUCUUGACAACUAUUUGCUGACCAGAGCUUCAGAUGAAGGGGCACUGUUUGCCGAGCGUUGCCUUUGUGCCGCCGACAUUCAGAACCUUGGCUCUAGGAUCAAGGUGACAGCUCGCUUCAAUAACCAGGCAUACCAUGCAGUCGCUUCGGCCCUUGCCCUGGUCGACAAUGCUCUCUUCAAGCUGAUCGCUGGCCCAGAGGCUUCCAUUUCUGUAACCAACUAUCCUCAACCACGAAACACCACAGAGACUGCCCAAGAUCAGCUGCUAGAGGGCCAGGCUGGCUUUGCAAUAGCCAUAAACCUACUGUAUGGGAUGGCUUCUCUGGCAAGUACCUUCUCUCUGUUGUUGGUCGGAGAGAGAGCGGUGAAGUCCAAGCAUGUACAAUUCGUCAGUGGAGCCUCUGCUCUCAGCUAUUGGCUGUCUGCACUAACCUGGGACUUGCUCAACUUUCUGAUUCCUUGCACCUUCAUGCUGGCGGUGUUCCAGGCAUUUGAUGUGCGUGCUUACACGGAAGAGCAUCACCUUGUGGACGUGAUACUUAUGUUGCUCCUGUAUGGCUGGGCUGUGAUACCCCUAAUGUAUUUAUUCAGUUUCCUGUUCACCUCAACGGCCACUGCUUACACCAGGCUUACCAUCUUUAACAUUCUGUCCGGCACGGCCAGCUUCCUUUCUGUUACCAUCAUGAGCAUUCCAGCCCUUGGCCUGGUGGAUCUUUCUCACAUCCUAGACCAGGUUUUCCUGGUACUGCCAAAUUACUGCUUGGGACGAUCAUUUAGUGACUUCUAUCAGAAUUAUCACUUAUUAAAGUUCUGCCGUUCAUCACCCCGUUCAGCGAUCAUCUGUCAGGCAUUCAAUAUUACCUGUCAGGACAACUACUUCUCGUGGUCUUCACCAGGGGUGGGCCGGUAUUUGACGGCCAUGGCUGUUCAGGGCUCAGCUUUCCUUUGCCUUCUCUUUAUUAUCGAGAGCCAGAUAUUCUGCCGUUUGUACAACCUGUGCCGCAGCUACAAAGAACACAGAUGGGCUUCACUCCCGGAGUCCCCUGUUUCUCCCCCAGAGGAUCGAGAUGUGGCAGAUGAAAGAAAAAAGGUUCUGGAGUCACCCUUGGAGCAGCUUUCAGCACUUAGCAGCCCCUUGGUCAUCCGGGAGCUUAGCAAGGUGUAUGGGCGCCGUGCCUUGGUCCUAGCAGUUGACCGUAUAUCUUUAGCGGUUGGACGAGGCGAGUGCUUUGGCCUGCUGGGAUUCAAUGGAGCUGGCAAGACCACCACAUUCCGCAUGCUAACGGGAGAUGAAACUGUCAGCUCUGGGGACGCGUAUAUUGAUGGGUACAGCAUCCUGCGCCACAUCAAGAAGGUUCAGCAGCGAAUCGGCUACUGCCCACAGUUUGACCCUCUGCUGGACCACAUGACUGGGCGCGAGACACUGUGCAUGUAUGCUCGCUUGCGGGGGGUGCCUGAGGGAUACAUUAACAGCUGUGUGGAGAACAUGCUACGUGGGUUACUCCUCGAAGCCCAUGCCAACAAGCUGGUGCGGACAUACAGUGGAGGAAACAAAAGAAAGCUCAGUGCUGGUAUCGCUCUGAUUGGAGGGCCAUCCGUGAUCUUCAUGGACGAGCCAUCUACUGGAAUGGAUCCUGUUGCACGGAGACUGUUGUGGGAUGCAGUGACAAGAACAAGGGAGAAUGGAAAGGCAGUGAUCAUUACCUCCCACAGCAUGGAGGAAUGCGAAGCUCUAUGCACACGUCUUGCCAUCAUGGUGAAUGGACAACUAAAGUGCCUCGGAAGUCCCCAGCACCUGAAGAACAAGUUUGGGAGUGGUUACACAUUGCUGGCCAAGACCUCCCGAGGGGCAGAGGAACUGAUGGCUUUUAAAGAUUUUGUUGAAACGAUAUUCCCAGGCAGUGUGCUGAAGCACGAGCAUCAGGGUAUGGUGCACUACCACAUAACCAGCCAGGAGCUCAGCUGGGCACAGGUGUUUGGGACUUUGGAAAAGGCCAAGGAGAAGUUUGAUCUGGAGGAUUAUUGUGUCAGCCAGAUCUCACUGGAACAAGUCUUCCUGAGCUUCAGUCACUUCCAACAGUCGCCAGCAGGUGGCGUAGUAUAAAGGGAUCUGCUGUUGUGCCCCGAGCGUGGCACAGUCUGCUCCGUCCAAACUCCAUUGUGGAUGCAGUAACUCACCUAUGGUCAGACUGUCUGCCUAACUGGAACACGGAGAGCACUGACAUUGUAUCCGUCCAAAGCCGUUGCUCCUACAUAUCCAGUUAGGCCCCUUCUGUGUCCAUCCAGAAUACCCUCUUCUGCAUGUCUGUCCAGUGCCAGCCCUAGCCCUUUCUUUGGCUUGUGUGCUCAGAGCUAUUGUUUAAUGUGUCCGUCCAGACCUUUCCUUUCUGUGUGCUAUUUAUUUACUUUGUCCAUUUGUUUUGCUCAUUCCCCCAUACGCCACCAGCAGGCUAUCUGCAGGACAACCCGUCUUAAUAACAACAAGGGAUAACAACAAGGGCCCUCUGCUCAGAUCUGCUUUUUGGAGAAACAUUGAUGGUCGUGACUACCUCUCUGGCCCAUUCCAGUAACUGCAUUGCCACUGUAUCAGAACAACACUAUUUUACUUGGACUGGAUCUUUGCCUGGUGCUGUGGGCACCUGAACUUUGGCCUGUAUGAAGGAUUAUGGUUGGGACACUUCACUCCUUGCCUCCUGUUUGCUUUAUUUUAAUACAGUGUCCACUGUAUGAUGUGACAGUCUGCACUCUGGAUCACACUCUCUUCCAUUAUAAUUCUGAGUGACCCCCCUUACCCCCAGCCCCCCUCAAUCACAGGCAUCCAUACUCAUGAUCUUGAGAGUUCUUGAUUUAAUAAUUCCUAAUCGCGCGGUUGGCAAUAUGCCAACAGAUCAGCUGAUUUAAAAAUUAGCAAGCAAGAUUUUAUCAUGGUCUCUUUUAGCAAAGAAGGAGUUAAAAUUAAGAAGGGACUUAGUAGAACAUGCAACAGAAAUAAAAAUACACAUCAAUUGGGCGAGUGCUUUCAUUCGGUGCUGCUGACCUGAUGUCACGGGUGGCCGUACCCCAACUCCCACGGUGCCUUACUACUUCACCAGGCAGUCCCAGAAGAGGUGCUGGGAAUGUUCCAAACUUACAUUCAGGGGUGGAAACCCAAUUUCACCCUUUUGCUACCAAAGGGGCCUAAUGUUACUGCCAGUCUACUGCAAAUGUUCAGUAGGAAGACGCACAUCCAAUGUAAUGGGAAAGAAUGACAUUGGCUCUUGCCUUGGUGUGGCAUUUAGGCUUCUGUGCUUUUUGUGAGCACGCCGUGAUGGAGAGAGAUGUUCUGCAAGGUCCCUUCUGUCUUUGUCCUGGGAACACAACACUGACUGCUCCAAGCAGGUACUUGAUUGUAGAAACCUAAUAAAAAUUAUUUAUGCUGCUCUUUUGACA